AUGUCUGUCACCAGUUUAGACACAGCCGAAAAUUUUCAAAAUUUUAUUAGAACACCUGUUUUAACGGUAGUCCAUUUUUCUGCUGACUGGGCAGAACAAUGUAAGCAAGUCACAGAGGUCCUGAAAGAACUGGCGAAGCUACCUGAAGUACAAUCCAGUGGUAGCAAAAUAGCUAUUUGUGAUGCUGAAAAGUUAUCCGAAGUUUCAUUGCAGUUCAAGAUCGACUCCGUACCAACAGUCAUUUUGUUCAGAAAUGGAGCACAGGUAGACAGAGUGGAUGGUGCUGAUGCAGCACAAAUAUCUUCCAAAGUAAAAGCUCACAGUGCUAAUAAGACUGCCCUCGGAGAUGUUGCUCCCUUGAAACUUGAAGAUAGACUGAAAGCAUUGAUCAAUAGACAUGAUGUUAUGGUGUUCAUGAAAGGCAAUAGAGAUCAGCCUAGAUGUGGCUUCAGUAAAACUUUAAUUCAAAUUCUUAAUGGAACUGGGGUGUCUUAUGACACAUUUGAUAUAUUGACUGAUGAAGAGGUGCGCCAAGGCCUAAAAGAGUAUUCAGAUUGGCCUACUUACCCACAACUAUAUGUCAAAGGAGAACUAGUUGGAGGAUUAGACAUAAUCAAAGAGCUCCAAGCAAAUGGAGAACUAGAUGCUACUUUGAAGCCUUAA